ACUGGUUCACUCUGAGGCUCUUAGUACAUAUACAUUUUUGCCGAAAUCUAACAUAGCUCUCAUCAUGAGGUGCUGUGUUUUAGCUGUGACUUUAAUUUUGGCGAUAAGCAUUCAUGAUGGAUGGAGCCUUCCCCUCAAGUCCGUCUUUGUCACCUUCCCAGGAGACAUCCUGAAGAACAUGACUGAUACGGAGCUGGCAGAAGGUUAUCUGAACAAGUUUGGCUACAUGAACACGUUACAACGCAGCGGCUUCCAGUCGAUGUCCACCUCCAAGGCUUUGAAGAGGAUGCAGAGGCAGAUGGGGCUGAAGGAGACUGGAGAGCUGGACAAGUCCACCCUGGAGGCCAUGAAACAGCCUCGCUGUGGGGUUCCUGAUGUUGCCAACUACCAAACAUUUGACGGAGACCUCAAAUGGGACCACUUGGAUGUCACAUAUAGAAUCGUUAGCUAUACUCCAGACUUGGAGACCUCUUUGAUCGAUGAAGUCUUUGCCAGAGCCUUCAAGGUGUGGAGUGAUGUGACCCCUCUGACUUUUACCCGCCUCUUUGAUGGGACAGCUGACAUCAUGAUUUCAUUUGGGAAAGAAAACCAUGGAGACCCAUAUCCAUUUGACGGUAAAGAUGGUCUUCUGGCCCAUGCUUAUCCCCCUGGUGAGGGUUUGCAGGGUGAUGCCCACUUUGACGAUGAUGAGUACUGGACCCUGGGCGCAGGACCAGCUGUCAAGACGCGCUAUGGGAAUGCGGAUGGUGCCAUGUGCCACUUCCCCUUCACAUUUGAGGGCAAAUCUUACACCACCUGCACCACUGAUGGACGUUCGGACAACCUGCCAUGGUGUUCCACCACAGCUGACUUCAGUAUUGACAAGAAAUAUGGAUUCUGCCCGAGUGAACUUCUGUACACAUUUGGAGGAAACUCGGACGGAGCCGAGUGUGUCUUCCCUUUCGUCUUCCUGGGGGAGAAAUAUGACAGCUGUACCACGGAGGGCCGCAGUGAUCGCUACCGCUGGUGUGCCACUACUAGCAACUUUGACAAUGACAAGAAAUACGGAUUUUGUCCCAGUCAGGAUACCGCUGUAAUUGGUGGAAACUCUGAGGGGGAGCCUUGCCACUUCCCUUUCGUGUUCCAGGGUAAAGCGUAUGACUCCUGCACAAGUGAGGGACGAGGAGAUGGCAAGUUGUGGUGCGGUACCACUGAGAGCUAUGAUGACGACAAUAAAUGGGGUUUCUGUCCUGACCAGGGUUACAGUCUGUUCCUGGUGGCAGCCCAUGAGUUUGGACAUGCUCUUGGCCUAGAUCACUCCAACAUAAGAGACGCGCUCAUGUACCCCAUGUACAGCUACGUGAAAGACUUCUCCCUUCAUAAAGAUGAUAUUGAAGGCAUUCAAUAUCUCUAUGGAAGAAAAACAGGCCCUGAUCCAACCCCACCUGGACCCAACCCACCCACCACUACCCCUUACCCAGACCCCGAUGAGACCGACCCAACAGAAGACCCCAGGGAACCCACUACCACCACUACGCGGCCUGUGGAUCCCACCAAAGAUGCCUGCAAGUUGACCAAAUUCGACACCAUCACAGUGAUUGAGGGAGAACUACAUUUCUUUAAGGAUGGCCACUACUGGAAGAUGCCCAGCGAGAGCAAUGGAGAGCCCCAGGGACCGUUCUCUAUUUCAGAGAGGUGGCCCGCCCUGCCAGCAGUUGUCGACUCUGCCUUCGAGGACAUUCUUGCUAGGAAAUUGUACUUUUUCUCAGGGAAUCGUUUCUGGGUGUACACAGGGAAGAGUGUCCUGGGGCCCCGCAGCAUCGAGAAGCUCGGCCUCCCCAACAGCAUUCAGAAGGUGGAGGGAGCCCUGCAGAGGGGGAAAGGCAAAGUGCUGCUCUUCAGUGGGGAGAACUACUGGAGGCUUGACGUGAAAGCCCAGAAAAUUGACAAAGGCUACCCCAGAUACACAGAUGUCGUUUUUGGUGGAGUCCCAAAUGAUGCCCAUGAUGUGUUCCAGUACCACGGUCACAUCUACUUCUGCAGAGACCGCUUCUACUGGCGUAUGAACUCCCGCAGGCAGCAAGGAGAGUCUCAUGGCGCCCGACUAGAAAGAAGCAACAAUUUUCCGUCGCUAAUUCCUGUUCUAUUUAGCGCGUCUACACCAGCGGAUACCCUCCUCCUCGAAAAUACAAGUGACAAUGUUGCAGAGACGGCCAUGGAUUCGGAGGAGAACGAGGUGGAGAGCAGCAGCGAUGCAGGCCCCGCAGGCAUGGAGGAACCAUCUGAAAGCGGCAUGGGUAUGGAGUCAUCAGAGGCCAUGUCUGCAGACAGCAGUGAUGCAGCUGCCUCUCAUGCACAGGCCCCAGAAUCUGACUGCCAUGUGGGACAGAGCUCAGAGGGAGUUGUGGUGUUCGUCCCAGAAACCAGCUCCAGUACAGACGUCAGAGUUUCCUCCGUCCACCUCCCGGACUCCUCCUCAGUGGCCCAGUCCACCAGCGUGUCCAGCGUAUCCACAGUAACUCAGUCAGUGCUUGUGUCCGAGUCGGCCCAAGUGCUCGUCCACUCAAGUGCUGCGUCUGAAGGAGCCAUGAUUGUUUCUGACUCAACUGCUUCUACCUCGUCAGACCUUGGGUCUGCCAUUGACAAGAUCAUUGAGUCCACCAUUGGCCCUGACAUCAUGAAUGGUUGUAUAGCUGUGACCAGCGCAGAAGACGGUGCAGAAACAACCCAGUAUCUGGUAUUACAAGGGCCAGAUGACGGGGCUCCGAUGGUAGCCCAGAUGUCAUCUUCGGCCUUCUCUGAUCGUAUAGCCAUAGAAGCUCUCGCAGAAGGGCCCACGUCCACCUGUCGAGAUCAGGGAGACCUGCAGGGCAACCUUGAACCCGACGAACAGCCAGGCCCCUCUGGUUACAGUAUCAGUCAGCCUGACCAGCCCCAGCACUCCCACCCCUCCCAGUAUAUGGACUGCAGUGCAGAUGGUCCAGACCAGACAGGAGAGUCUUCAUCUUCCUACGUGGAGUGUUCAGGCGAGGAACCCGACCAGACACGCUCCCAGUCAGGUUUCCCUGACUACAGCGGUGAUAAUAGUGACCAGGACCUGCCUGGAUAUGUGGAAUGCAGCGGGGCUGACUCAAACCUCACCAGCCGAGGUCACUAUGUGGUGGACUGCAGCACUGGGUAUCUGGAAUGUGAGUUGGACGAGGGAGCUCAACCGCAUCAUUCACGCAGUUACAUAGACAGCAGUGAGGACCACCGGACCCAGACAAGUCGGCAGUAUGGGGCGGAGUAUGGAGGAGAGUGUGUCGCAGCAGACUCCGAGCAACCAGGUUGUUCUCAGUAUCAAGCGAGAGACGAUGAUGACGAGCGGAACCAGGAUCCAGACCAGCCACAGCACUCCCAACAACAGCCGCAACACUCCUGUUACUUGGAAAGCAGCAACGGUCCGGAGGCCUCUCUCUACGCCGAUGACAGCUCCUCAUCAGACCAACCUCUGGCCGACACAGCAGGUUCAGGUGGACUUCCCGAGGCAUUGGAGUGCAGCGAGAGCCAGCCUGGGCCCUACAUCAGCAGCAGUGGGACGUACACCGCCAAUCCAGAGCCUGAGCUGCCCCAACAAUACUCACCAAGCCAAGAGGAGCCCCAAGGCUCUCAGGGGCCUCAGGGUGAAGCUGUGCUCAGAGAGAUGGAGACAUCAGCAGUGGUAGAAGGUUCUGGACACAGACCGCCUAACCUGGCUGAGUUGGAGGAAAUGAUGGAAGUAGUGAUUGUCCAGCAGUUCAAGUGUAAAUUGUGUCCAUACAAAAGUGCCUCCAAGGACACACUGAUCAACCACAUGAGAGACAAACACUUCAAAUCUGCAGGGGAUAUGUCAAAGAAGCGUAAACGUGGGCGGCCUCCAAAAAGUGAAAUGUCUGCCCGCCGUCAGGCAGAGAGGGAACAAGUUGAAAAGAGGAACGCAGCAGAGGCUGCUGAGCCCCAAAAAGCAGAGGAAGAAGAAGAUGAUGUUGUGGAUGCUGGUGCAAUUGAUGAUCCUGAAGAGGACAGUGACUACAACCCUGCACACAAGGACUGCAAAGGAAGACCACCUGCCAUCAGGAAGAAGCCCUCUCCUCCGAUCUCCUCCUCCUCUCAAGGGCGCCCUCGACGUAAGGUCGGCCGUCCAAGGAAGUACAGCCUUGUAGAAGAAGGUUACAACAGCAAAGAAGCAGAGAGUAUUGCCAAGAAACCCAGGGUGAGUGCAGAUGCUGGUGUGCCUGAAGAGGCAAGCUCUUCGGGGCUAAACAAUGCUCCCGCUGAGGAGACGGAUGGAGACACAGCCGAGGCAGCAAUAAGCCAAUCUGACUCUGAGAACAAAGACCCUUCAUCGAACUCACAGCCAGAGGAAUUUUUCGAGAGGAAACGCGGCCGACCAUCAAAGCGUUUUCUUCGCAAGAAGUAUAAGAAAUAUAUAAACCGAAAUCGUUACUAUAAAUCCCUGAAACCGCUCCUGAGGCCUCACAACUGCUGGAUCUGUGGCUCACGCUUCCUCACUCAAGAAGAUUUGCACUUCCAUGUGGACUCCCACGAAGGCAAUGAGCCAGAGCUCUUCAAGUGCCUGCAGUGCAACUAUCGCUGCAAGCGCUGGUCUUCCCUCAAGGAACACAUGUUCAAUCACGAGGGCACCAAACCGUUUAAGUGUGACGAGUGUGAUUACACGAGUGUCUAUAAGAAAGAUGUAAUCCGCCACUCAGCAGUCCAUAAGAAAGAUAAGAAAAGAAAGACUGAAUUGGUACCAAAGGUGUCCGAGUUCCUCUGCCCUGUGUGUCGCAGGGUUUACCCCAUGCAAAAGAGACUGACCCAGCACAUGAAGACACACAGCUCAGAGAAACCACAUAUGUGUGAUAAGUGCGGCAAAUCGUUCAAGAAGCGGUACACAUUCAAAAUGCACCUGCUGACUCACAUCCAGAGUCUCGGAGACAGCAAGUUCAAGUGUGAAUUCUGCGAUUAUACCUGUGACAACAAGAAGCUGCUGCUCAACCAUCAGCUGUCUCACACCAACGACCGGCCCUUCAAGUGUGACUACUGUAAAUACUCCACUUCAAAAGAGGAGUUCCUAGUCUCCCAUCUGGCCAUCAAACACACAGGGGAGAAGCCGUUCUCCUGCGAAAUGUGCCACUUCACCACCAAGCACAGGAAGAACUUGCGCCUGCAUGUACAGUGUCGCCACCCUGAGACGUUUGACGAGUGGUCUGUGACCCACCCCGAGGAGCCAAUCAGGAGGCGCCGCGGGCCCUUUACACUGCAGCAGAUUGAGGAGCUCAAACAACAACAACAACCUGAUGACACACAGGAUUUGCAGAACACAAUUGUUGCGGUGGACUCUGCUACACUACAAGCCAUGCAGGGAAUGGAAAAUGCCUCAGUGUCCCAGGACGCAAUGGGAAACACCACCAUCAUCUAUGAGCAAGUCGAAUCCAGUGAUCAAUCUGCCCAGAAUGCCCUUGACCUGCUGCUGAAUAUGAGCAAUGCCCGGGAAUUGGUUGGAAACGCCUUACAGGUGGCGGUGCUGAAUUCAGAAAGCAAAGCUUUGGAAAAGGGCACGUGGAGUACGGUGACCACAGUACCUGGCCAGGCACAAAAGGUUGUGACUUUCCAUGUGUCUGAGAACGGUGAGACGGUGCUACAAGAGGCCUUUGAGGCAGCCACCUCUGAGACGGGAGAGCUGACCCAGAUUGCCAUUGAAGCCUACGAGGCCGCAGAAGACUUUAGUGUCGUGGAACAGGCGGUUGAAGAGAUCCACAGCCCUGGAUACAGUAACAAUGAUGGCAGUCCUUCUCAGGCUGUGGAAGCAUGCGGGUCAGAAAACCAGAAAGGUGACAAGUACUACCUAAUGUCAGCUCUGCCUGAUGGUGUUCUGCAACAGGUGGAGUUGAGCAGCGAAACUCCGGCCUCUCCCUCCGCCGCCGGCUCUCCCGGUCUGAGCACCAAGAGGUUUUCCUGCCGAAUAUGCAUGGAAUCUUUCCAUGGCCGUUCUGACAUGGAGAACCACAAGAGGGCACACGUAGACCCCAACACAUUCAAGUGUCCCGAUUGUGAUUACACCUCCACAUCCUGGCAGGAGGUCAAGGCUCACAUGGAGCUGCAUUCCUAUUUGCGCCCUCACAAGUGUCCAAGCUGUAGCUUUGCCUCCAAGAACAAGAAAGACCUGCGGCGACACAUGAUGACCCACACCAAUGAGAAACCGUUCUCUUGCCAGCUGUGUGGACAGAGGUUUAACCGUAAUGGGCAUCUUAAGUUUCAUAUGGAGCGUCUCCACAGUCAGGAUCACCCUGCUCGCAAGAGCCGCACCCCGACGUCUCAGCAAACUGUCCUAGUGAAUAGUGAUGAGGAGGCCCUGGCCACACUGCAAUCCAUACAGGCAAAUCAGACAGUGCUCACUCCUGAGCGGAUGCAGGCACUAGGACAGGAGCACAUCAUUGUAGCUCAAGAACAAGCUCUCUCAGACACGGAGGAGGCCACAUAUAUCCAGCAGAUAACCACCAUAGAUGGACAGACAGUUCAGCACCUGAUGACAGGAGAGAACCAGGUGACUGAGGUUCAGUAUAUCAUCUCGCAGGAUGGCGUGCCGCACUUGAUCCCUCAAGAGUAUGUAGUAGUAGCUGAUGGCAACCACAUACAGAUGGCAGAUGGGCAGAUCAUCCAGUAUGAGCAUGACGGGACCUUUCUGCAGGAGCAUCAGAUUGCUGUAAGCCACGACGGUCAGAUCCAGUAUCUUCCUGUGAGCACGGAGCAGCAGAUUGUUAAUCCUGAAGAUCUGGAGACUGCUGCCCACUCGACUGUCACAGGCGUAGAAGACUCCAUGGCUCACACCCAGACGGUCUACACUGAAGCUACGGCUGAGCAGCUCGAGCAAUUGCAGCAGCAAGGCAUCCAAUACGACGUCAUCACCAUCACAGAGGAAUACAUUACAAUGAAGAUGAAGUUGUCCUUUGUCUUGAUUAUUUUAUUAAAUAUCCCUCAUCUAAAAGGUCAGCAGAACAUCGAGGAGUUUGAGCACUUUCUGCUGAGACUCCGCUUCCCUUCAUUUUACAAUACUUACAGCAAGUCCUGCUGUAAACUCUAUCCAGGAGGAUGCUACAAGCUCCUGGACAGUGCAGGAUUCACUUGUGAGCUACUAAAAGGAAGAGUUACAAAAACGGAAAAAGACGGCUGGAUCGAGUUUAAAAUAUCCAAUGUGCGCUUGGUGGACGGAGGAUAUUACAGAUGUAUUGUGAUGGGAACUCAGAACCACGUAUACCAGGAUUACUAUGUGGAGGUCUCUGUUUCAGCGCACCACAGGCAGUCUCAAUCUGCCCCGACAACAACUGUCUCAGCCCCCAACGUCUCCACAACACCUGCAGACGCCACCUGGCCGGCUCUGGCACAGGACCACAGUGACAGCGACAGAGUUCCAUGGAGUUUCAGUCUGCCACUUGCUGUCAUUGUGUCCAUCACAGUGAUGGUUUUCAUCACUUCAGUUAUCGGGGUUGUUUGCUGCAAAGUGAAGGCCAAACGUAAACAGCCGUACAAAUAUGGAGAAACUCCACGUGAGUCACUGAAACAAGAGACCACAGAAGUGAGCGGCAUGGUUUACACAACAGUGGACUUCAGAGCUCACCCGAGACCAGCAGAGAUGUAUGCCAACCUGAGGAUGCACAAAGCACAGGAGGGGUCCCCUGACUCCUCCUGGAGGGCGGAGGACGAGGGGACGGUGGAGUACUCGACACUGGCAAUGCACCAGUGAAUCCACCUGCGAGGAUCCAGUGUUCGUUUUAGAUUUGAAUGAGACAGAUUUUGCAUCUGUUGAAAAUGUUGCAAUACGAGUGGUGCUUGCUGCUCAGGCAGAGUAGAGUUCGACAGGGUUUCAUCAGGCAGGGAGAACAAAAACAGGAACUGUAGGAUUUAGCAUUUUUGGAGCUUUGGAACAUGACUAGUGAUUGAGCAUCUGCAUGACCUGCUCCUUUUGUUUGAACUAUUGUUUCGUCUUUAUUGAGUCCCCAAACUUUAUGGAGGUGCAAUAAUAAACAUUUUCCAACUUCCCUGUGUAUAUAUAGCAUGUGUUGUUUGUGAAAAUGACUUAAAAAUGAAACCAUGCAUUAAGGAAAUUGAAACAAACUACUUGUUUGACUCCUUCUACUUUUGUUCACAGGUAUAAAGAUUCAUCGGGUUAUCUUUUGUUAAAUCUGUGUUUGUAUUGAUUUUUUUCAUGGUUACAAUCUAGUCCUUUUCCUGUUCUGAGAGGUGCUCGAUUUUCUAUUCUGAGCCUCUUCUUCCCUUUCACAAUCCUUUUGAAAGAAGGUCAAGGUUGUCUUCAGAGCGAGUGAAUGAAUAGACCGAACAGAUUCUUAUUUCUGUGACAUUUCAGAACAGCGCUGUGACAAGAAACUAAGA